GACCACGACCAUUCAUUCGUCGGCAUGUCUGGAGGACAGAUCUUCCACGAGAUGAUGUUGCGACACAACGUGAAGCAUGUCUUUGGAUACCCCGGAGGCGCCAUCUUGCCCGUCUUCGAUGCCAUCUACAACUCGAAGCAUUUCCAGUUUAUCCUCCCCAGAGCCGAGCAGGGUGCUGGCCAUGCUGCUGAGGGAUACGCCCGUGUCACCGGAAAGCCAGGCGUCGUCCUUGUCACUUCCGGUCCCGGUGCCACUAAUGUCAUUACCGCUAUGCAGGAUGCGCUCUCGGAUGGAACACCCAUGGUCGUCUUCUCGGGACAGGUUCCCGUCAGCGCCAUCGGAUCAGAUGCCUUCCAGGAGGCCGACGUUGUCGGAAUCUCGCGCGCAUGCACAAAGUGGAACGUCAUGGUCAAGGACAUUGCCGAUCUCCCUAGACGCAUUAACGAGGCCUUUGAAAUCGCAACCUCCGGCCGUCCUGGACCCGUCUUGGUGGAUUUGCCCAAGGACGUUACCGCCGCCAUCGUCAACAAGCCCAUUCCCUCUAACCCCAGCAUUCCCGCUAGACCCCCUACCAGCCAGGCUCCUUUCUUCUCUGGUCUGGCCAAAGAUGCCUCCCAGGUCACCUCUCCUCAGAUCCUUCGCGCUGCUCAGCUGAUCAAUGCGGCCAAGCGUCCAUUGAUCUAUGCUGGUCAGGGUAUCCUGGCCCACCCAGAUGGUCCUGCUCGCCUCAAGGAGCUGUCCCACAACGGAAACAUCCCCGUCACAACCACUCUCCAGGGUCUUGGUGCCUUUGACGAGUUGGAUCACCGCUCGCUCCACAUGGUCGGUAUGCACGGCUCUGCCUACGCCAACCUUGCCAUGCAAAAGGCCGAUGUCAUCAUUGCUCUGGGCGCCCGUUUCGACGACCGUGUCACUGCCAAUGUGCCCCGCUUCGCACCCGAGGCCAGGAAGGCCGCUGCAGAGAAGCGUGGAGGCAUCAUCCACUUUGAGAUCUCGCCCAAGAACAUCAACAAGGUCGUUCAGGCGACUGAGGCUAUUGAGGGUGACGUGACCGAAAACUUGACAAAGUUGUUGCCGCUGAUCGAGAACUCUGAGCGCAAGGAGUGGUUCUCCAAGAUCAGCGACUGGAAGAGCCGAUUCCCCUUCUACCACGUUCAGGACCCCAACGGCACCUUGCUUCCCCAGACCGUUAUCCAGGAGCUCGACAGACAGACCGCCGACAUCAAGGACAAGGUCAUCAUCUCGACCGGUGUCGGUCAGCAUCAGAUGUGGGCUGCUCAGUACUUCCGCUGGCGCCAUCCCCGCACGCUUGUCACCUCUGGAGGAUUGGGAACUAUGGGAUUCGGACUUCCAGCCGCCAUUGGAGCCAAGGUCGGAAAGCCCGAUCACAUCGUUAUCGACAUUGAUGGAGACGCCAGUUUCUGUAUGACGGGUAUGGAGUUGGCGACAGCUGCCCAGUACAACAUUGGAGUCAAGGUCUUGAUCCUCAACAACGACUUCCAGGGAAUGGUCAAGCAGUGGCAGGAUCUUUUCUACGAGGAGCGUUACUCUGGUACACAGAUGUUCAACCCCGACUUUGUCAAGCUGGCGGAGGCUAUGAACAUCAAGGGUCUUCGCGCGACGUCGAUGCAGGAUCUUCCUGGCGCCAUGGCCGAGUUCUUGGCACACCCUGGCCCAGUUGUGUUGGAGGCCAAGGUUUGCAAGCGUGAGCAUGUGUUCCCCAUGGCACCAGCAGCAAAUGCACUCCACGAGUUCAUUGUCCAUCCUCACCAGGCUGGCGAAAGCCGCGAUUAA